ACAAUUUAAUAUUCGAUAUUUAGUGUAUGUAUCCAUCCCUAGUCAUUUAUCGGCAAUUUUUCCGAAAAAGGAAUUCGAUCGAAUUUAAGUGACCAAACCGAUCGUCCCCAAAUCCGUCGCCGGUUUCUCUGAAAUCCUUGUAUAAAAUAGUAUAGUGGCUCUUUUAAUACCCAGAAAUUUCAUAAAUUUGUUCAAACGCAAUGGGAAAUUAUGUAGUUUUGUUUAUAAUAGUCACAUUUACGAAAGCAUUUUGGAGAAAGUAAAGUAGAUACAGUAUUAACGCAGGGGGGCAUAUUGGUAAUUCCAAUGUUUGAUUACAUUGGUUUUCUCGGAAAACCAGUCACUCAAUUCUAGAUACCGUUACUCCAGACGGAUCUAAUGCAAACACAAGAUCUUACUUAAUGUGUUUAUUACUGUGUUUAUACGAUGCCGAAUUCACGCUAUCAUUUCACGCUUUCAGCCGUGUGUGUAUAAACGCAAUUGAAUUCGGCAACACACGAAAGUUGACUAUGAUUUCAGCCUGAAAGCGUGAAUUUGUGGUGCGCAACCAACUUAACGCUAUGCCGACCAGGUGGCAACGCUGUGCAUAAAAGUGAAAAUUAAAACGUAAAUUCCGAAAACAAAGGGAAUAACUAAGGAAAAAUCAAUGGAAUCGAAAAGAUCUUUUUGGUCAGCAUCCGAAAUUACGGAGCUGCUUGGCCUGGUGAAGAGGGCAAGCUCGAUAGCAAAACGAAACGCAUCUGAUCUACAAGGGCCUCGCAGAGUCGAACAUGAACAAGACCGGAGAAAAAAAACGUAUUUUGAUGUGAUGUGCGCAGUUAUGCAGUCAGUGGGACUGCAAGUAAGACGUGCGCCCACUUCGACAAGCCUAAGGACAUGUGUGGCACUCGCCCUGUGUCUCAGGCUGUAGGGGUGGACAGAGGGAUUUGUGGCCAUCGACGGCUUCGAUGACCUAGCCAAUGAGGUGUUCAACGAAGCAGAGGAGACAGAGGAAACCUAUGCAGCUGAACUCCUGGUGGAGACAUCCAUGCCUAAGAGCCGCCAAAUUUCUAUUUUCAGACAAAGCAAACGUCGUGCAGAUGAUUCAGAACAUGUCAGACGACAACAAGGAGGCCUUGGACAGGCUGGAGGGGCAGAACCAAGAGUUUCUGGAGGCCCAACGCGAAAUAGAUGCCACCUUUGUGCAGAGCAUGCGCGAGGUUCUGGCGAAGGAUCGGGCCGAGGCCCAGAGAUUCAUAACUAAUAGUGCAUAUUUCAUUUAUUUUGAACUGAUUCUCAAAGGAAAGUUAGAAACAAUGUAUACCUUACGGUGUACCUUAAGAUGGGAUGGAUCGCAUUCUGGAGAUUCCAAUAUUUGGUUGCACUGCCAGUCUGGUGGUUGGUGGCUGGUGGUCUCCCUUCUCAUUUCCACGAAGUUAUGAAGUGUAGCGCAAGAACGCAACAUACGGAACAAAUUUGUAGUUGACAUUCGUAAGUUCUCAAAAAAACAAUUUUAAUUUUUUGGCUCUUGCAUUAGUGCCCAAAAAGCAUAGCUUCUUGGCCUGCUCUUAAAUUUUCACAGUCUAGGUGUCCUCAGGCUGAGAGUCGCUGUUAAAGCCGCGUAAGUCUGCAUCAGCUUCCUGUGAAUUCUGGCUACCAAAAACCGCCUUGCUUUUAAUAAAGCCAUCGACCUUUUGUGCCUCCACUCAGUAACUUUGGAAAUUAAUUUUGCGGUUCUUAUU